UUGCUGGAGGGCGUACUGCUGAAGAACUUUAUGAGCGCACACAAUCGCGCCUUUAUGAACUUGAACAACACGGUUAUGCUUUGCAUGUCAUCUGGGGACAUGAUAUGAAAGAAAGGCUACGCUCUAAUCAACAACUAAGGCGAAUAUGGAAUGAAAUUGAUGUUGUAUGGCCUAUGGACCCUAGGAAGGACUGUCUCAGAGGAGGAAGGACCGAACCUUUCAAACUUCAUCACAUUUGUACAUCUGAUGAAGAAAUUAUUUACAUUGAUAUACCUAUAUCCAUAUGUGAUGAAGGCGAUGGAAUUCCCAGUUGGAUAUCCUAUUGUCCUGACAAGAGAAACACUUACACAACCGCCUAAUGCGCCGCUACCAUGGACUCACCCCCAACAUAACAUCUAUAAGG